GGGACCAGAGGGUGAUCUUCGAGUAAAGUUCCCUCUUCCACUUCCUCCCUCCUUGUAACCUGCUGCUUUCUGCAGCACAAGGGUUGCUACCCAGAUUUGCCCAUCUCUCCCUGCGGUUUGCCUUGGUCUGCCUUGCCUUUGCCUGUGUGGUGUCCUCUGCCACGGGUUCAGAAACAUGCAAGCCAUCAAGUGUGUCGUGGUGGGAGACGGAGCUGUGGGGAAAACCUGUCUCCUUAUCAGCUAUACCACUAAUGCCUUCCCAGGAGAAUACAUCCCCACUGUGUUCGAUAACUAUUCUGCCAACGUGAUGGUUGACAGCAAGCCUGUAAAUCUGGGGCUGUGGGAUACUGCUGGACAAGAGGAUUAUGACAGACUGAGGCCACUCUCUUACCCCCAGACGGAUGUCUUCCUGAUCUGCUUCUCCCUUGUCAGCCCAGCAUCAUAUGAAAAUGUCCGUGCUAAGUGGUUCCCUGAGGUGCGGCAUCACUGCCCCAGCACUCCCAUCAUCCUGGUGGGCACAAAGCUGGACCUUCGUGAUGACAAGGACACCAUUGAGAAGCUGAAGGAGAAGAAGCUGUCCCCCAUUACAUAUCCUCAGGGCCUUGCUCUGGCCAAGGAAAUUGACUCAGUGAAGUACCUGGAAUGCUCGGCUUUGACGCAGCGCGGCCUCAAGACGGUGUUUGACGAGGCCAUCCGAGCAGUCCUCUGUCCGCAGCCUACCCGGACAAAGAAACGUGCCUGCAGCCUCCUCUGAGCAAAUUCCAGAUGCAUCCUGAUGCCAGGCUCUGCCCAGCAUGCAGGAGGGUGAUGGCUCCAGCGUCUCAGAGCUCAGCAUCUUGUGGCGGUCACUGCGCUUUUCACUUCUGCUGGCUUUAAAGACUGUUUUGGGUCUGUAGCACUGGUUCAUCCAUUUGCACAACUUCCCCCACACUUGCCCCACCCCAGCUACCCCUUUCCUGCCUCACCAGCUCCUGAGGUUACAACAUAGUGAGUAAGACCCAAUAAAC